CGGGAUCGCGCGCACGCACGCGACUGCUUUCGCCCCGUGCUCCGCUUGUUCCCCAUUUAACCAUUAGUAUUGUUAUUAUUAUAGUUAGAAUAUCAUCGUUAUCUUUGAUGUCAUUUUUUUCUUUCUUCCAGGGGUAGUUUUUUUUCCGAAAAGUUUGCAUCGAUUCGGGGUAAAAUUAUUUUUUAGUUAGGGGGUUAAAUUAAUGUUUUAUUUACGUUAUUCUUUUCCGCUAGCGACGUUCGCCGCCUCCUCCUCCUCCACCGCCGCCUUAUAAAUGCCCUGCUGGUCGUAGAGAGCUACUCAUCGUGGCCUUAAUGCCUCGAGUGGUCAGUGCCUCGUUAGUUUUAAUUAAUGCGUUCUAACUAACAUCAUCGGUGCUUUACCAUGCGCGUUAGCAAGCGAUAGCGACACGGCCGAAGCCGCUGGCAGUUUUUUUUUUUCAUUUUAGCCACAACCCCCAUUUGUGUUACUUCGUAACACGCCAACUUACUUUAUAUGCAACAAUUUUCACGAGGUUUUUUUUUAGUAGAUUAGUUUAGUUAGCAUUGUUAGCUUUAUGGUCACUUAUAAAUCCGCCCCGGGAGGUUCGUGCACGUGGGGGGCCGUGGGGCGGCAGUGAGAGAGGUUCGAAUCCGGGUAAAGGUUAUCUGCGUUACGAGUUGGGUUAACCUCAGGUUGGAGUCUUGGUAAGGUUAACAUUCUUGGCAAUAGUUUGGCUGGUAGCUAGAUUACCCGCUAAUGUUUUGGUAAGAAGGGCUAAUAAGUCGUCGGGGCUAAGAGGGAUUAAAGUCGUCACGGCGUGGAGCUGAACUGCGGUUGUAGUCGGCGUCAAGGGGCCGGGGUGGGUUAACUUCAGGUUGGAGUCUUGGCGAGGUUAACAUUCCUUGCAAAGAUAACAGCAUAUAGGCUGCUUGGUAGCUAGAUUACCCGCUAAUGUUUUUGUAAGAAGGGCUGGUAAUUAGAAUCGGCAUAAGAAUUAGUACCGAGGCAGAUUCGUGUGUCGGCUUCAGGCAUUGCAGUAGAGGUUAGGCUCCGGGCUAGAAGUGAGUGGGUGUCCGAGGGGGUGAGGGGGGGUCAGGUCAGCGAGCUCUGUGCCCCCCACGAGGUCCCCGGGGGGGCUGCUGCUGUCGCUGCCUCUGCCUCCUCCACCACCGCCGAGGGGGGGGGCGGUCGGAGCCCGAGGCGGCUUGGAGGGGAGGAGGAGGAGGAGCGGCGGGGGUGGUGCGACCCAGACGCUCGUCGCCAUUCGUCGGGGCCCCGGAGGUCUGGAUGGUGCCCCAUGCCCGCGGGCCCCGCCGCCCUGCCCCCGCCGGGCCGCGGUCGCGCCGCCGCCAGCCCCGCUAGGGCCGCCCGCCCGCCCGGCCUCGUCCCCGGCCUUCUCCCCGGCCCCCCCGACCUCCUCCCCGGCCGCCCCCCCGGCCUCGCCUCCUCGCAUGUUCCGCUCCCGGCGUUCGGGCCUCGUCCGGCGACUGUGGCGUGGCCGAGCCUCCGCAGCCUCGUCGUCCCCGUCGUCCCCGUCGUCGUCCUCGUCCCCGUCGUCUCCGCCGUCGUCCCUGCUGCUGUCGGCGUUGUCGUCGAGCAUGAGGUGCGAGGAGGCGACCGAAACGCGGAGACGCCGUGGACGCGGAGACGAAGAGGACGACGACGAGGAGGAGGAGGACGGUGGCGGCGGCGGUGGCGGCGGGGGGGGAGAAGGAAGGGACGACGGAGCCGCUUGCUCUGCCUACAAAGCGCUCACGCACGCCUUGCUCAAGCGCCUCAAGGAGAAGCAGCUGGAGGCGCUGCUGCAGGCCGUGGAGAGCCGUGGAGGGGCCCGCACGGCCUGCGUGCUCGUGCCGGUCGAGGGUUCGGCCACCCGCUCGUCGCCCCGUCUCGGAGGCCCCUCGGUCACGGACGCCGACUGCGGUCUCCCGCUACCGCCGCCGCACGUGUUACUCUGCCGGCUGUUCCGCUGGCCCGAGGUGCGGCACACGGCCGAGUUGAAGAGGCUGAGCGUGUGCGGACAGCAUGGCCACGUCGAGGGCGACUCUGUGUGCUGUAACCCCUACCACCUGAGCAGGCUGUGCGGGCCAGAAUCACCCCCACCUCCCUACUCACGUUUCCCUCUGGUGGAGCAGAGUAAAUCUACGGAUCUCUCUGAAUCGACAACUUCAUCUACAGAAACAGGAGCUUCACAAAGUCCACCGCAGUUUUCUGACCAGAGCCUGUCACCGGAUGCCAUGAAGCAGCCCUGCUGGUGCCACGUAGCGUACUGGGAACACCGAUCUCGAGUCGGGCGCCUGUACCCCGUGGGCGACGCCUCAGUGGCUGUCUUCUACGACCUCCCCCACGGUGACGGGCUUUGCCUAAGCCAACUGACGGCGAGCCACGGCAACCGGGCUGGUGGAAUUGCUGGCAGCGGUGGUGGCAUCAGCGAGUCGACAAGCCGCACCAGGGCCAAGAUUGGCUACGGGUUGCUGCUCAGCUGGGAGGCAGACGGUGUGUGGUGCUACAAUCGCAGCCAGCAUCCACUCUUCGUCAAUUCACCCACGCUGGAUGGGCUUGGUGCACGCAAUCCCGUUGUGCGCAAGGUUCCUCCCGGCUAUUCCCUACGGGCUUUCGACUUCCAGCAAUCGAUGCUGCUGCAGGAGCAUCAGGCACGUCACGAGAAUGGACCCUACGAUCCCAACAGUAUACGUAUCAGCUUUGCCAAGGGCUGGGGACCUUGCUACUCCCGUCAAUUCAUCACGUCCUGCCCCUGUUGGCUUGAAAUAUUGCUGAGCGUGCGCUGAAGCAUGGUGGUGCAGACUACGGAAAUUGUGGAUUGAGGUUGGAUCGCAGUGUCUUGAGGUCCAGUUGUCUGGAGAAGAAUAUUUUUUGGCCGACCGUCAGGCUGAAGUUGGCCUGGUUCUACGCGGAGUCUCGACAGAAGGGCUGUUUUUUUUACUGUGAUUGAAUUAGCACACCACACUGAAACCCUUCGUGCAAAGGUGUUCUGCUGUUGCUGUUCAACAUAGACCUGUGCGCGAUCAGAGAAACGCAAUGUUUUAAAAAUGAAUGGGUUUAAAAAAACGAAUGCAGUAGUUUUGAAGAUGUUGCUUCCAUCACUUAUUAAAGGUGCCAGGUGUUCACUAGCAAUCACUAAAUAAACCACUCCUGCCAGUGUGUAUGUAAUAUUAACAUUUCAUUUUAUGAAGAAACCCAUUAGAGGCUUAGGCUAGAGCCUAGAAGGAUAAUAAAGUUACUGUAAAAUAGCAGUAUCAGAGGUGUACUCCAAGAAGAACGUAUCUUCCUGUAUAAAAAACAAGUCUACUCAGCACAUACAAAGUACAGCUUAAGUGACUAUUUCAAAGGCUUGUUUAGUACGUUAUUUUUUUUUACUUGUUAUUGUGAUGAAGGAAUUUAGAAACCUGGGGAGCCAGUUUGUGAAAUGAACUAUUCUUAGAUAAGUGUGUGUUGUAAAAUGCAGUGUUAGGGCAUAUACCACACAAAACUAAUAUGUAUAGUGUGUAUUCUGGCACAGUUUUAUAAAGGCAGCAUACGCAUUACAAUACAGAAAUUGUGGAGAGUUUGAGAUAAGUGCUCGAUUAUGAUUUGCAAACCUCAUGUUGACGUAAUGGCUGUUUGCGUCUGUGUAUUAUUACAUUUGUAUGCAAGUGGAAAGGGAGAAGCCAGCACCGAAAACGUAAGAACAUCCAUGCUGGAUGCUUUCAUUCAAUGAGACUCGUUCCUGGAAAAUGAAUUGAAAGUGCGGGAGUAGCAAGAAGAAUUAGUGUUGUGGGGACAUGAUGCAUUAUGACAAUCUCAUUUGUACUGCUUCUCCACACAAAGGAUUGGACUUUGCUUUAUUUCAUAAAGAAUGGUUUUGUAAUUUUAAGGUUAUGUACACACACAUGCACUUGUAUGUGUAUAUAGAAGUAAAUAACCACAAGGACAUGAACUCUUUAACCAUUAAACAUUUCUUUGUCCCAUAAGAGAAUCGACUGUUGCGAAGGCACAUCAACACAGAUUUAAUAUAAAUAUUUUAUAUAAUAAAGUAUAUAUAAAUGUUACAUAUGGAAAUAUAAUAUGACGAUGCGUGUAAAUACGGACUCAUUUGUACGGUUUAUUAUUUAUGUAUAGCCACAGAUCUUGUAUGGACAGUGACGAGAUGCACUUUGUUCACACAGUAUGUAAAUCGGCUUUAGAGAGCAAGAUGAAAGCUUUUACUGCAGACAAGAUUUUUUAAGAGGCUAUUUUUGCAGGGUGAACAAGCCAGUAACACCCUGGUGUGUGUUAACCCAUUCUUUGCGAUACAAAUCAUCGAUGUUUAUUUGGAUAAAUAAAUUAUGCUAAACAGCAUUAUUCUUCUUA